AUGGCUGCACAACAACAAGAACUAGAUGAGAAGAACCCAUUCUAUGAGUUAGUAGUCAUUUGUAGUACUUCUGGUCAAUUUGACCAAACCGUAAAUUCGUUCAAAGAUAUUAUAAAAAAGUCUAAGUUAGUAUGUAUAAAAGACUCUGAGUUGUUAGAUUGGAUAAAGAAGUACCAAAGAAUUUUGAAGUACAAUGCUAUAAAUGAGUAUAUAAAUUCUAAGUUUAAAGACCCAAAUGAGGAAAUGCAGAGAAUAUUAGAGAAGAAACACUUCAGAAACAAACAGAAAGAGAUAGAAUACAUUUCGAAGAAAUUGCAAUCUUACGAUUGGAAGACUUACCCUCACAGAUGUCUUCUUAUUUUAGAUGACUUUGCAUCUCAUCCUUUGUUAAAGAACAGAGAACAAGAUAUGUGUCGAAUUCUUAAGAAGCUCAGACACUUUAACAUCUCAGUUGUCAUUUGUGUACAGACAGCAAAGAGUUUAAGUAAGGAUGUUAAAAGAAUACUUACUGAUAUCAUACUUUUCCCUGGAUUGUCCGAAGACGAUUUCAUGGAACUUAUGAAAGAGUCCAUGGCAGGUAAGUUUGACAGACAUGAACUAUGGGAGAAGUACAAAGUCAUACAAGACCCUCAUACUUCUUUCAGAAUUCACAUCUACGCGAACAAAGUUCAAAUUGUAAAAAGUCAAUAA